AUGAUUUCCAAAAGAGAAAAAAAGAAGGCGAUUGUUGGGAAAGAGGAGAAAAGGAAGGAGGGAAAAGCGACAGCGGUCAGUGAAGAGGAGAUGGAGGAGGACGAGACGGAGAAAGGUGAAGGGAAGGAAAAGGUCGGAGAGAAGGAGGAAGAGGAGGAAAAGGAGCAUGAAAGUGAGAUAAAAGAGGAAUCGCUGCAAGGAGCCAGAAGGAAGAUCAUCAUUUUGCCAGGGAGGUACUAUAAGAAGGACCACGAUGAGGCUCAGGCAAAGUCCCGAAAACAUGGCAGAGGCAAGAGGAGGACUAGGCGACUGUUGAGUGAGAGGGAGAUCUCGGAUCUAGUACUCGAGCACAUGGAGAGCGAAGACAAAGCAGCACUGGAGGCCCACAUCCCGGCUCUAGACUACAGACCAGACAUACCGUCAGAGAGACCUGUGGAGAGAGUCGACGAGUAUUUCGCCAAACACAGAAUCAUGGAACUUUGCAACGUGAGUGGGUUCAGGGAAAAAAAAGAUGUAUGCCAUUUAGUGAUCUUAUUCGUAUCUGGUAAUCAUUGA